CACCUCCCCCCCUCUCUCUCUCUCGCCAACCACCUCUUCUUUUUCCCUCUAGGCCGGCAAAGGCAUCUAUCCCACGCUUGUUUAAUGACGUCCAUGGAUGAACAGACCACCAUCAUCGCCCUAUUCUCGCUACUCGUCCUCGGCAAAAUCCUUGUCCUCAUCCACCUCAUCCGCCGAGAAAACGCCAGGAAGAGGAAGGCUCGUACCAACAACCUUGGCGCCCCCUCCGGCCCAGAGGUCCUGGUCGAGGACCCCAUGACUCAGCGGCUGAGGUCGCAGCGAUUCUUGUUGGACGACAUCGCGAACACCAAUGGUUCAGCCCUGUCUCUUUUGACGACGGAGACUAUCCCUCAGCCGCCACCGGCCUAUACCACCCAGGAUCUGCAUCUUGAAUUUGCGCACGCUCCACCUCCGCCUUCGUUCGCGGAUCUUGUAGGGCCUUCUCCGUCGCCACCAAGGACGAAGCCGAACGCGAGGAGGUCCAGUGGCGGUAGUGUUCUGUCGGGGAUACCGUCAUCGCCGCCAGCUGGGCAAGCCGAAUCGUCUGCUCCGAGACGCUCUUUACCUAACACAAACUGAAAUUCAGACACUGACGCGGGCACGGACAGGUCUCAACCACCAUCGUAUCCGGACCAGCCUCAGCAGCAGCAUCGGAGUCUGAGAAGGACUGUUGCAGUGCCGCCCAUAGCGGUGUUCUGUCCUUCUGCCAUCGUCCAUAUGUAACAACCAUCGCGCAGUCAUUUUAUCUAAGUGAAGUUACUUGAGCGCCCAGCUUCUUGUAAUCUACUCGCGUUUUAUGACUCAAGAGCAAUAUAUAGAUAGGUGUAUAUAUAUGUCCACAAGAUCUUU